UAAUGUUAUGUUAAACAACAAAUUAUUUCAGCAAUCUUGUGGCUUUAAGGAAGUGCUGUAUUACGUGUGCGAAGUAUUAUACAUUUGAAUUUAAUAUUAGUCAAAUAAACGUUUUUAAUUAAGUUUAAACAUUAGUAAUACUUUUCCCGAUUUUUAUUGCGUCGAACUUGAAGUUAAUCUGCGUAUGCUAGUAUGGACGAAGAAAGAAUGAAAAGACGUCUUCAAACAAACGUCGCAAUAACUUGCAUAAAGAUAUUUUUGGUCAUUUAUAACAUAAUAUUUUGGCUCACUGGAGUGGGAAUUCUGGCAAUAGGAGUGCUGCUGAAAGUAUAUGAAGACCAUUAUGCUCAUUUGACAAAAGACUACAGUUCAGUGGCACCUUACGUCUUUAUUGUCAGUGGAGUUGUGAUUAUUAUAGUCAGCAUCAGUGCUUGUUGUUGUACAGUCAAAAGUAAACCAGUCUUGCUGUAUAUGCUCUCAACUUUCCUCUUCUUCAUUUUUGUGGUGGAAUUAGGUCUUGCUAUUUCAGCCUACAUGUUUCGUCAGAAGAUUCAGAACCAAUUUAAAGACAAUAUGAAGAAUAUGUUGAAGGAUUAUAGAGGUAGCAAAAAGGGCAUAGACAUGGAUCUUGAUUUGUUACAGUCAACUAUUCAUUGCUGUGGAGUGGACAAUUACACUGAUUGGUUCGAAAGUUCAUGGGCAGGUGGAGAAAAGGCUGUACCAAAAAGCUGUUGUAAGAAUGUUCAAGAAUGUACCAACAAACCUUUGAUUAAUGUAGACCAGAUUUACCAAAAUGGCUGCAGCAAUAUAAUAAUUGGUGUGACCAAGAAGUAUGCAAAUGUCAUUCUUGGUGUUUCUGGAGGAUUUGCUUUGUUUCAGCUUCUAGGUACAUUGAUGAGCUUUACCCUUGGCAAAAUUAUUAGCAAAAAUCAGUAUGAGCUGCUCACUUGAAGAGGAUUUUGAAUCACUCUUUCAUGUGGAUAGAGAAAGACUUGUAAUGAAUGAUCAGCUAGCAUUUCUCUGAUGAAGUUCUUGAAGUUAUGAUUACAAUGUGAAGAGUCUAUAAUUUUUCUGUGCAACUUUUGGUUAAAUAUCUUAUUCAGCUGCACCAGUGGAACAGCUGGAAUGCUUGCAUCAAGUUUUCUUGCAAUAAUAUUUUAACCCUUUAGAUUCUCAUUAACUUUUCUUUCAAUUUUUGUCACAACCCUAACUUUCUGUAACUGUAUUUUGUGCAAUGUUUAUAUAGUGUCCAUAGUACUGUUUCCUUUACGAUUGCUUAUUUAGUGUCUAUCACCAAUAGUUAUGUGUGGAAUUACUUAUGAAAGUGUCCUUUGUUGUUUUUUAUUUUAAUAUUUUAUUUCCUGGUUAAAGCUUAUAUUGAGGUUUUAUUAUAUGUUUCUUAAAAUUGGUUUUUAUUCCUUGACCAACAUAAAUACAUUAAUAUAUAGUGAACAUUUUAAGAGUAGCUGUUAUUUCUUAUAUAUCAUACACUGAAUGAUCUACUUGUAACUACUAAGUUAGGAUUUUUCUGCAGCUUUUAAAAAUUCAAGUGAAUUAGGUUUGGGAACUCCUCUCAGAAAAAUUGGCAUAUAUAAAAAAUAUUGGCAUUUUCCAUUGGAUUAUUUUUAAUAGAAUAAUAACUUUGGUGUUCUUGAUACCCUUUUUAUAUAUAAAGUGUUAUACUUUUAAUAAUAAUAAUAAACUUGUUAUCUCCAAGUAGAAACUUUACACAUUUUUUCUACAAUUUUAAUAUUGACAUAACUUUUGUUUAAUUGUUAUUUCUAGCUUGUAAAUUCAUAGGUUUAAAAUCAUUGUUAACUCAUAAAAACUACUUUAAGUUCAUGAGUAUUUUAUUUAAAUAUCUUUUAUUGCUUUUUUUAAUAUUUGCUACACAGUUUGUCUUCCAAUUAAAUUGUCACAAAAUCAAGAACUAAAACUGACAUCAUAUUACAUGUAAGCAUUAAAUAAACCAUUAACAGAAUUUCAAUUUUAAAUUCAAGAAAUUAUAAUCAAAGAACAAAAGUUUGUGAAGUGUUUAGGGUUACAGAAAAAUAGUUCCAGAUUAUAGAAGUAAAGAGAAAGAGCACUUCAGCUUUUACUAGCUAUUAGUUUAAGUAUUUUUGCAUAAAGUGUAUAAUUUGAUCAUUUGUAUGGGGUAUGUGUACAAUUUCAUUUUACUAGAUUUGAAGAAAGAGGUUUACAGUAUCUAUUUUCUUUGGUAAAAUGUCUUAAUUUAUUAGUUUUCAACAAAAUGUACUUAGAUUUUUAGUAUUACUGUUUGUCUUCCAUGUCAGUUUAUUAGAUUUGAAGAAAGUUUUCUAUCAGAUUCAAAAUACUGAAAAAAAAAGGUCUUGGUGGUUUUUCAACCUUAUUAGUUUAAAUGUUAACAUCAAAGUCUUAGUUCAGGUUCUUAGUGCAUUAAGAGAACUUUCUAGUUAUUAUAUUAUUAUGGUUUGAAGGAAAGAUAUCACAAAAUCAGUUUUGAUGUGUUAAUUUUUUUUUAUUAGGUAUCUGUGAUCAAUUUUUCUCAUUUUGUCACACUUAUAAUAAGACCUUUAACGUUUUAGUGAAUUAAAGAAAAUGCAUCAUUAAAUAUUCUUGUUCCUAGUGUACAUCAGUGUUCAUGAUUUGUUUGAUUUUAUGACUUAAGUUGAUAUAGCAGUAGUGGGUAACCUUAACUAAUCCACAGACCAUAAAAGUGGCUCUCAAACACUUUUAAGGGCUGCAAGACCUCUCCCCUUUACCAGUCUUCAGCUAAAAAUGAUACAAUUGAAUAAAAAUUAGCUGUAUGUGAAACAUAUUAAAAUUGUACUAAAUAAACUGACCACUUCAACACAAAAUAAACCAAGUUUACUCUCUCUCCUGACAAUUUCAAAUAGUACAGUUUACAUUUUGAUUUUUUAGCAUUAAUGCACCUGCAAUCAGGCUGCUGUCAUCACCUCCAGAUAGCAUUAGUUCUUGCAAGUAGUUUUGUUUUGAUGAUGAUGUAUUUUAGGAUGUGGUGGUCUCAUGCAACCUGCAGGUUGCUCACCACCACUGCCUUAUAGUAGAAGUUUCUUAUUUGUGUUAAUCAGAUUCAUAUAAUUCACUGAUUCAAUCUUAAAAGUAUGGAAACAUUUCUUUUAGGAUUUCCAGAAUAAAGAAAUAUAAAGUCAUAGCAAAGUUACGAUCAAUUAUAAAUGGCAAAAGGAUUUGGUUAUUUCUCAGAGGUCAAGAAAAAUUACCUGGCAGCCCCUUUGAAAACUGUUUCCCAUGUUUUCUGGAAAUUACUUUAAUACCUUUUAUGUAUCUUUCGUCAAUGAUAUGACCAGCACAAUUUAUUUAUUUUUUGUGCAUGUGUGGGGAAAAAAAUAAAAAAUAUGUACCUUUCAUCAAUUAUAUGACCAGCACGAUAUUUUUGGCACAUGUGUGGGAAACAAAACUAUUUUAAAUUAAAACUAUACCUGCUGGCUACAUAAAAAUCACACAAUUUUAAAAGAUUUUUUAUUCUGUUUAAUGUUAUUUGCAUUAUUAAUUAUCAGUAAAGUACAUCAUACUUU